AGUCUCGCGAGAGGAGACUCGUGACAUCGGGAUUAGCUGUCCGGAAGGAGCCGAGGAUGGUUCCUCAUUCCUCAGGUGGACAGCGGUGUGUUCCAGUGUAAAGGAGCGGCGACUUCAGGAAUCUGUGACUAGCCUUAAGCAACGUUUCAUGUCAUUACUAUGCUAGAGCCGGUUUGGGGGGGGGACACGAAAGUUCAAGUCAUUGGGGUAAGCGAGCGCCCAGCUGUAGAUUGUUCCCCUCAUUCCCACCUAUGAAGGUCGCCGCCCCCCGGAAGUGAAGCUGUUUUGAAGACAAAGUGACUGGAAAGGAAAUCCAAAGCCACUUACAGGAUGGGCGCCCCCCUGUGGUUUGUCUCUAUUGCUGCUCUUUUAGCUUUUUCUGCUGCUGAUGUGCUUGACGACUGCCAACUGGUGGGUGGAGAUAAGAAGUCCGCUGGUGAACAAGCCGUCUUGGCCAAACUCGCUCCUCUUAAAGGCAAAAGGUUUGAAGCCAAAACUAAAGAAGGCUCAGACGAUUACAAAUAUUCCUUUGUAGUAUGUGGCCGACUGAGCAACGACAGCAAAAGCACCAAUGAGGGUCUGGUGCAAUCUAAAGAAGGGUCCACAGAUACCUCCGUGAUUGGCCGCAUCAACGACACCCACAUCAUAAGCGGAACCGACUGGAUCCUGUUGAUCUAUGGAAGUGGAGACAAGUACGACACUCACUGCAAUAGCGAAGCGAGGAAAGCCAUGGUCAUGAUCUCGUGCAGCAAGAAGACACUUGGGGGUGACUUCACAGUUGUUCAAGAAGAGAGGAACAAAUCCAGAGAAUGUUUCUACCUGUUUGAAAUGGACAGUAGCCUUGCCUGCCCUCCUGAAGAGUCGCAUCUCAGCGUCGGCUCCAUCCUCCUCAUUGUGUUUGCUGUUCUGGUUGCCGUUUACAUCGUUGGUGGGUUCCUUUACCAGCGCUUUGUGGUCGGGGCCAAAGGGAUGGAGCAGUUUCCCAAUAUCACCUUUUGGCAAGAGCUCGGCAAUCUGAUGGCCGAUGGCUGUGACUUUGUGUGCCGCUCGCGGCCUCGAACUUCUGAUACGGCAUAUCGAGGGGUGGGGGAUGAUCAGCUAGCGGAGGAGCCAGAAGAAAGAGAUGAUCACCUGUUACCUAUGUGACGAGAAGGAAUGGUGUCACCUGGAUAGAAUGAGAUUUGGGAGAAGCCCAGCCCUGUGGCCCCUGAUCCUAUGUUUUCUCCCUUCUGCUUUGUGCCUCCUUACCUAAUGCUUCUCUAAAGAGCUGGGGCCGGACCUUUAUUUUUGGUGUUACUGCUGUCAUGGCUACGAUCCUGUACUGGGUACUUGUGCCUGGAGCCAACACAGCGUAGCACUUGCUGUGCAAUCCAGGGCUUCUGUACAGGGGAAUGAAAGAAAGGUACUGUAUAAGACCCCAGCCUGAGCUAGAGUCCUGCGCGGAACCAAUUUGUUAAACCCGACCCAGACCCGCAUACUUACCCGCUUGCGACUGCAAGUACCUUGUCCGCGACCCGCUGACCAUCAAGAAACAGGAAUUGCUGUCGUAAACCGGAAGCGACAUCAUUAGAAGUUGGUGUGAUUAAAAAAAAAAAAAGAGUAAAACAGGAAGUGCUGUCGUUGUAAACCAGAAGUGACAUCAUUGGAAGUACGAGUAAAACUCGCUAUUGAGAAGACCCGCAAACCCUGAGAACCGCGGACCCGCGUCUAUACCCGCUCCCGAAACUUCUACCUGCAACUCUCAGGUAUUUACGGGUACCCGACCCGCUGCAGGACUCUAGCCUGAGCUUUAAGAUGAUCUGGUACCGCAGGGAUAGUGAUGUAAUCAGCCCCGGGGGCAGUACUUUGGGCUGCACAAGAUGAUUCGCUAAUUCGCUGACCAUGUUACCGCUGCAGAAGAUACCAAAAGAUGCCUAGAAAAAGGUGAUUUUUUUUGUAAAUAUCUUUAUCUUGUACAGGAACAGAGAAGAGAAGCACUGUUGUUUUGAUUCAUUAUAGGCCUUUAGCCUGGUCCUGCCAGUCCAGGGAUGUGAGAUAUAGAACCCACCCCAAGAUAAUGCCAAAGGUAUUAAUACUAAUGGGACAACUACUGAUUUAUUUAAUAAGCAGCAACGUAUAUACCACUGCCAUGAGCACUGUAUCCAUCCAUUAAAGGUCACACACUUAGUACUUCACGCUCGCUUUUCCACACUUGUCCCCACCCCCUUUUUUUUUUUUUUAUUUGUCUGUCACCUUAAGGUCACUGCUUUUUCUGUUGGGUGUUUAUAAUGUUCUGUGAAUUUUGGGGGUUUUCUGAGAUUUGUUUUGUAUGAAAUCGGUCCUAAAAUAAACGGUCCCACAGUA